AUGCCAGUUUUCAAAUUCCCAAAGCUCCUCCACAAACGCUUAUACUCGUAUUGUUCGCAAGCCGAUUCAAAAUCCAGCUACCUCAACCGACGUAUAGACUCAUUCCUCUUCGGAAAAUUUCUGGAUUCGAAAACCCUUCUCCCCACCCACGCAUUCAUCAUCUCCACCGGCAACGCGCGAAACAAAUUCAUAGCCUCGAAGCUCAUAGCCUCUUACGCCUCCGUCGGCAGCCCCUAUUGCUCCACCAAGGUCUUCCACUGCCUCGAUUUCAGAGACGCCUUCCUCUGGAACUCCAUCAUAAAAGCCCAUUUUUCCAACGGGGGCUAUGCUGGGGCUGUCGAGCUUUUCUCCAGGAUGAAGCGCGCCGGGAAUUCGCCCGAUCAGUUUACCUUCCCCAUGAUUGUCUCGGCCUGCGCCGAGCUCGGGUCCCUGGGCACCGGCAUGGCCGUUCAUGGGUUGGUCUCGAAAUCGAACCUAUUUGUUGGGAACUCGGCCGUUGGGGCCUCGUUUGUGUACAUGUAUUCGAAAUGUGGGUCCUUGGAGAACGCCUCGCACGUGUUCGACGAAAUGGUCCUGAAGGAUGUGGUUGCUUGGACUGCGCUUGUGAUUGGUUAUGUUCAGAACGGCGAGAGUGAGAAGGGCUUGCUGUGUCUGAAAGAGAUGCAUAGGGUCGGUGGAGAUGCUGCCGAGAGGCUGAAUUCCCGGACUUUGGAAGGGGGUUUUCGAGCUUGUGACGAAUCUAGUGACUUGACAGCUGGCAGGUGUUUGCACGGAUUGGCGCUUAAAUCGGGUAUCUUGUCCUCCCACAUCAUUCAAUCUCAUAUCUUGUCGAUGUACUCAAAUUGUGAAAGUGCUGAGGAUGUGAAAGUUUCGUUCGAUGAGGUCGUGGAGAAGGAUCUUUACUCGUGGACCUCGAUUAUUGUGAACUAUGCAAGGCUCGGCCGGUUUUGUGAAUGUUUCGAAAUGUUCACGAAAAUGCAGGCUGAUGGGGUCGACCCGGACGGGAUGGUAAUUGGAUGUCUGAUCUCUGGUUUUGCUAAUUCGAUGAAUGUCGGUGUAGGAAAAGCGCUCCACGGGUAUAUCUUGAGGAGAAAUUACUGUUUUAAUCAGAUGGUUAAUAGUUCGCUGAUUUCAAUGUAUUGUAAGUUUGGCCUCGUGAAUGUUGCGGGGAAGAUCUUUUUUGCUGGUGGGCGUGAUCAAGAGAACGAAUCUUGGAAUAUCAUGGUAGUUGGCUAUCAGAAAGCCGGUUUAGAGGUUGACUGUAUAAAUUUGUUCAAAGAAAUGCAGUUUCGAGGAAUAGAAUCCGAUUCGAGCAGCUUAAUGUCCGUGAUUUUUUCUUGUUCGAGAUUGGGAGCAAUUCGUUUUGGUCAAUCUGUGCAUUGUCAUAUCAUAAAGCAACAGUGUUCGUUUGAGAACGUCUCGAUUGUAAAUUCGCUCAUCAACAUGUACGGUCGAUGUGCAAAUUUGAAUACGGCACGAAAGCUCUUCGAUCAAAUCGAUCCAAAAGACAUUUCUGCAUGGAACUCCCUUAUUUCGGCUUACGCCGAGAACGGGAAAUUUUUCGAGGCAAUCUCUUUUUUCGACAAAAUGAUUUCACAAGGAUUAAAGCCUAAUGUAGUGACAUUCGUAACCUUGUUAUCCGCGUGUGCUCGGUUUGCAUCUAUCGAGAACGGGAGAAAAAUACACGAAUACAUCAAACAAACGGGAUUAUUAUUCACUCACGAAGUCUCGCUUGCUACAGCUCUAGUCGACAUGUACGCGAAAUGCGGAGAAAUCGACACGGCGAGAGAAAUUUUCGACUCGAUGACCGAAAAAGACGUCGUGACUUGGAAUGUAAUGAUCUCGGGCUAUGGGGCCCACGGGCACGCCAGGUCAGCAAUCGAGAUUUUCCGGCAGAUGGAAGAAGAAAAUGGAGCCGAGCGCCCAAACGGGCUCACGUUCCUCGCGGUUCUCUCGGCUUGCGCUCAUUCUGGUUUGGUCGAGGAAGGUAAGUCUCUGUUUGAUAGAAUGGUGAAAAAUUAUUCUAUUGGGCCCACGCUUAAGCACUAUGCUUGUAUGGUUGAUCUUUAUGGACGAGCGGGAUGCCUUGAUUUGGCCGAGUCUCUCAUUUUGUCGAUGCCUUUACCUCCCGAUGGUGGGAUUUGGGGCUCUUUGUUAAGUUCUUGUAAAAUGCACGACAAUGCUGAGAUGGGUGUGAAGAUAGCAAAGCGUGCGAUUGAAGCCGACCCAGAAAAUGAUGGGUACCAUGUGCUGAUCUCUGACUUCUACAGUUGUAUGGAGAUGUGGGAAGAAGUUGAACAAGUUCGGAAGGUAAUGAAGGAUCGAGGGGUGAGAAAGACGAUGGGUUGGAGUACAGUGUGA